AGAAUGACUUGUGGCAAAAUCCGGACAUAGUUCCCGUUCGGAAGUCGGGUCGGUGAAACGUGUGCCGCUAAACGGUCGCGCCGGAUUCCUUCGCGUUGGAAGGUGGAUUGGUGUUUGGUGUUUAGACUAGUGAAAGUGUGAUCAGUGUGAUUAUCAAUAUGCCAAAGCAACAGCAGAAGCUCGUGUUGUGUUGAGAGGUUAGCAGUUGUUUGAAUUUUCCCUACGAAUGAAUCAUCCGGCACUAGACGUGAUAAAGAAGAAAAUUACCAAAAUGAAGCUGGACAAUGUCAACUUCAAGAAGAUGGCCAUCAUAUGUGCCUGCACGCUGGUGGGUGGGAUUGUGUUCAGUUUUGGAAUGUUCCCCGCGUUGCUGAAGUUUAUGAUCAAACAGAACUUGAUGCUGAAGCCGGGCACCCAAAUGCGGGGGAUGUUCGAAAAAAUCCCCUUUCCUCUGGACUUCAAGCUGUACCUGUUCCACGUGACCAACCCGGAUGUCGUUAUGAAAGGCGGCAAACCUCGUGUGCGUGAGAUAGGGCCGUACUUUUUCGAGGAGUGGAAAGAAAAGUACGAUACCGUGGACAACGAGGAGGAUGAUACGCUGACGUUCACGUUGAAAAACACCUGGAUCUUCCGGCCGGAUCUUAGCAAACCCCUGACAGGGGACGAAAUCAUAACCAUACCGCAUCCCCUAAUCUUGGGAGCGCUGCUGAUGGUUCAGCGUGAUCGAGAAGCCAUGAUGCCGUUGGUUUCGAAGGGAAUGGAUAUCAUAAUGCAUCCGUUGACGUCCGGGUUCCUCACUACGAGGGUUAUGGAUCUCCUGUUCGAUGGAAUCCUGAUCGAUUGCAGUAGUCAGGAGUUUUCGGCGAAAGCCUUGUGUUCGGGGUUGGAAUCGGAAGGAGCUGUGAUGCCCUUCAAUGAGACUCAUUUCAAGUUCUCUAUGUUUGGAUUGAAAAAUGGAACCGAUGCUGGUCGGUGGGUGGUCUACAGAGGGGUCAAGAACAUCAUGGAUCUAGGACGGGUGGUCAGCUACAACGAUGAAACCGAAAUGGACAUCUACGAUGGUGACGAGUGCAACCGGUUUAUCGGAACGGAUUCCACCAUUUUCCCACCGUUUCUGACCACCAAAGACAAACUGUGGGCUUGGUCGCCGGAAAUCUGUCGCUCGAUCGGGGCUGAGUACGGAGGAAAAUCCAAAUAUGCCGGUCUACCGAUGAGUUUCUUCAAGUUGGAUUUUGGAGAUGCAAGGAACGAACCGGAACAUCACUGCUACUGUCGGGAUCCACCGGAGAUCUGCCCACCAAAGGGCACCAUCGAUCUUGCACCGUGCCUGGGGGCGCCGAUCAUCGGUUCCAAACCGCACUUCUACGACGCCGAUCCGAAGCUGGGCGCUGCCGUUGACGGAUUGACGCCCAACGAGAAGGACCACGAUGUGUACAUUCAUUUCCAACUACUUUCGGGUACGCCUGUGUCAGCUGCCAAACGGUUGAUGUUCAGCAUGGAAAUCGAACCCAUCAGAGAUCACCCAGUGCUGGGUGAUCUACCGACGGUCAUCUUACCGCUUUUCUGGGCCGAGGAAGGUGCUUCGUUGAAUAAGACCUGGACCAAUCAGCUCAAGUAUACACUGUUUCUUGGUCUCCGCUUCAACGCUGCCGUCAAAUGGCUGACCAUCAUCAUUGGAACAAUCGGAACCAUCGUGGGAGGGUUCAUGCACUACAAGCGUACGACCAAGAUGGUUAACGUCACUCCGGUCCAAUCCGUAAACGGUAGCGAAAAAGGUAAGGGAGCUGGCAUGAUGGUGGUGGGACAUUCCCCGGAUGGUAAAGGAGGGUCCGUAACGACACCGGUAAUUCCUACGGCCAAGGAAUUGCUGAAUGGCAACAAUGGUCGAAACUUGCCGACCGUUAUCGAGGGGAUGGAUAAGCCACAGAAGGUGACGGUUACGGAGAUGCAACAGGAGAGGUACUAGACCAGGUCUGGAUUGAAUACAUUUGUGAUGACGAAUCAUUGAAAAAUCGAAAUUUAAAUUCAAAGAUGUUUUUUGUUAAUCAAAAUGCGAACAUGAAACAUAAUAUUACAAAAACCAAAUAACUAAAAUUGUGUCAAAACUGUGAUAGAAUUGCAGAAUAGCUCUAUCAAUAACAUUGAUUGAUAUAGACAGAUUGAUUGAAAAUAAGUUAGCUGUUAGAUCAGAUUAGGUCUAAGUAAUAUUGUAAUUCUUGAUUAUUUGAUUAUGCUACGUGUAGUUCCAAGUUGUAGACAUUUAGACGAAUAUUAGUUCAACAGUUGAAAAAAAAAACUAGCAAUCGGAAAGCACUCACAUCCGGUGGUAUUGCCACCGGUGCUUCGUACACUGUAUCAUCCCACUAGAAAUAAAUAAAUGUUUAAUCGUUGUUUACCGUAAAACAAAAACGAAGAAUCAAAACUAACCCCGCAUUCCCGGAUGGGUUUCCUGCCCCUGAUGGCCACGUGGAACCAGUAGCAAUCCCAAUCAAAUUAGCAAUGCACCGAGAGAAUCCGAGCAUACAUGAGACCCACUGGAAACUUGCACCUAGCUACCUACAGAUGUUGUUGUGUAACAAUCGGUGUAACAUGACUCGAUGUAAAACAGUUGUUAUAUUCAUUUUUUUUGCUAAUAAAUGUUGGUAGAUGGGA